AUGCGAGUAUUUUUUAUAGUGGUAAGCUUGAAAUACAUUUUCCUAGAACUAAAUACUUUUUUCAAAUGUACCCAUAGUUUGAGUAUAAGCCUUGAGCGGUACUAUUGGAGGAUGUAUGCUACCUUGACUAUCAAGGGACAAGAGGACGAAUCAAGAAGAUUGUCGACUGCUGGCUUCAAUUACACAAGUGGUAAUGCUUGUAGAAUGGGCAUUUACUCUGCAUUAAAGAUUGAAGAUAUGCAUCUUAUUCAGCUGUGGAAGCGAGAUAAAGAAAAAAAAUCAAUACGUAAAGCCAACGGCCAAGACGAACAAGGAAAUAAAGCCAUGAAUUGGGAAGAAGAGGCAAAUUCUCACUAUUUGGAAAAUGUAACAAACUAUUAUACUAUCGAGACGCACAACCUCAUGAAAGAUAUUGUUCCAGACGAGGAAUGGAAAAGCUGGCAGAAAGGUUAA